AUGCUACCUGGAUUGCCUACCCGUCAGCUUGGUAAAGAUGGUCCUCAUGUGACUGCAAUGGGAAUCGGUCUUAUGGGCUUGUCCGUAUUCUACGGCAAGGCGAAACCUGAUGAAGAGCGGUUUGCGCUUCUCGACAAAGCAUACGACUGCGGCGAACUCCAUUGGGACACUGCCGACAUGUAUGGAGACAACGAGGAUCUCCUUGGCAAGUGGUUCUCGA